AUGGCGACCAUAGACACUAAAGAGAGCGUUCUGCCACCUACAUCUGCGCCGGUGCCGCAAAGCUCAGCCACACCGCCCUCUCCACCACACUCGUCAGGGCGCGAGACACUCCCCAAACAUUCGAUAGAGGCACACGACAGCAGCACGCCACCCUUCUCGCCAGCCAGCGACACACCAGUACUGCAGAAGGAGCAAGAGGAGUUCGAGGGCACCGUCGACGUCAACAAUGACCUGCCAUCCGAGAAGGACCUGAAGCAGGUCGAGGAUCUGCUUAUCUUGGACGCACAAGGGAAGAGCCGGCCGUUCAGAGAGCUCUACGAUGCAUCAGGAGUCGCGCCGCGGCAGCUAAUCAUCUUCAUCAGACACUUUUUCUGCGGAAACUGCCAGGAAUACCUCCGCACCCUCUCCUCCUCCAUGACACCCGAAGACCUGCUUGCUCUCCCCACACCGACCUCCAUAACCGUCAUCGGCUGCGGCCGCCCUGAGCUCAUACCCAUGUACACCGAAGCCACCGGCUGCUCGUUCCCCAUUUACGCCGAGCCCACGCGCAAGAUCUACGAUCACCUAGGCAUGACACGCACCUACGAUCUCGGUGCAAAGCCCGCAUAUAUGCACACCAGCUUGCUGAUCAACAGCGUGCAGUCGAUAUUCCAGGGCCUGUCGACGGGCCGUAAGGCCCUCAAGGGCGGCGACUUCAAGCAGGUCGGCGGCGAGUUCCUGUUCGAGAACGGCGAGUGCACGUGGGUCCACAGGAUGAAGACGACGAGGGGACACGUAGAGGUGAGCGAUAUCAGGGGCUUGCUGGGUCUGGAUGAUCGCCGACCGCCGAUGCGGAAGCGGUGGAGUCAUAGUGUUAAGCAGGAGAAGCAGAGUAAUAGGAGGAGUGUGAGUUGGGGAAGGUUGAGGAGUAAGAGCAAGGGCGUCAAGGAUCUGGGGAAGAGUGGCAGCACGACGCCGGAGCGUGUUGAUGAGGAGGAUCCGAAUAGACUCCUUGGGAGGACGACUGCAUAG